AUGGACGAGCCGGACACCGCGGCGAUACUCCCCGGAGAUGUCCUCGACGCCGCACCAACUGACGACCAACUGUCCGACACGCUCGGCCACAAAGAGGAGGCCGGUGAGCCGACAUCCAGCUCCGUCCGCCCGCCGUUUCCGUGCUGCCUGCCGGUGUCCGUGGAGCCGGUGAUGUUCCUCUCCAUGUUCUCUCUGGCCCUGCAGGCUCCUCUGUCCACCCAGUAUCUGUGGGACCGCAUCAGCGAGGACCUCGGCUACAACGGCUCCAAGAGGUCGGAGUGCGGCAACAGCUCCAUGCCCCCCGACCCGCUCCAGAAGGAGGUAGAAACCUUAACAGCCCACUGGAACCUGUACAUCAGUCUGGGAGGCUUUUCUGUUGGCCUGCUGGUGGUUCCUCUCCUGGGCUCGUGGAGCGACCUCGCAGGCCGCAGACCGGUCCUCAUCUUCCCUAACCUGGGCAUGGCCCUGCAGGCGGUGGUUUACCUGGUGGUGAUGUACCUCAAGCUGCCUGUGGUCUACUUUCUGGUGGGCAGGCUGCUCAGUGGCCUUUCAGGUGAUUUUAAUGCCAUCCUGGCCGGCUGCUUCGCGUAUGUGGCUGACACCAGUGACAGGCGGUCUCGCACCUUCAGGGUGGCAGUAUUAGAGGCUUGUCUGGGUCUUUCAGGCAUGCUGGCAAGCAUCAUCGGAGGACAGUGGAGGCGGGCACAAGGUUACAUCAACCCCUUCUGGCUGGUCCUGGCUACCAACUUGGCUUCAGCUCUGUACGCUUACCUGUUUGUCCGCGAGUCUGUUCCCCAAGUCCCGACUGCCAGGCUGUUCUCCACUCACCACCAUAAAGCCGUCUGGCACCUCUACUCAACGGGAGGCAGCAGCAACGAGUCUGGUGGAGGGUUUCACAGAUGCAAGCUGUGGCUUUACACGCUGUGCUUCUUUGUGGUGGUGACUGUUCACUUUGGCAGCAGAGAACUGUACGUGUUGUACGAGCUGAGCUCACCGCUGUGCUGGGGGUCGGAGCUCAUUGGCUUUGGAUCAGCUGCUCUGAACCUGGCCUACCUGAGCAGUCUGUUGGGGCUGAAGAUCAUGCAGUGCUGCCUGGAGGAUUCCUGGGUGGCUCUCGUGGGUCUGGCCUCCAACAUCAUUGGGCUUAUUGUGUUUUCUGUAGCUGACACCACAGAGCUCAUGUUCACAGGUUAUGGUCUGAGUUUCCUCUUCAUGGCUUCAACGCCUGUGUUCAGGUCAAAGCUGUCCAAGCUGGUGGAUCCAUCAGAACAAGGUGCCCUGUUUGCCUCUGUGGCCUGUGUGGAGAGCUUGUGUUUCCUGGUGGGCAGCGGGGUCUUUAACUCCCUCUAUCCAGCCACCCUGCACUUCAUGAAAGGCUUCCCAUUCCUCUUUGCUGCUAUCAUCCUCCUCAUCCCUGUUGGGAUAAUCGGGACCCUGCAAUAUUUAGAUCAGAGGAGAAACCAUGGAGACUCUACAGUGUCCUGACCUGCAGCGAGGCAGGAGACUGUCACAGACUGAAAGUUCAUCCUGUUGUGAAUGUAUGAGGUGAGCAGGUCUGACACUGAGACAUGCAUCAUGUCUGUCUGUGAUGCUGGGAGACACUUUUGAGCUUAACACGGUGAUGGAACAGUUGACUAGUUACGCCAAAAGAUGAAGAAUCAACCUCCUGACUGACGUUACUGCUAAAACGCUUCUGUCGUAACAACGAGGCGGUCGAGGAUAUCUUUUCAUCUGGUUUUUGCCGGCACUAAAAACUGACGUCUUCAAUGAUUUCAUCAAGACAGUUCUACAAAUGAGCACGAUUCUUUACAAUUUUUGAUGUGUUAUUUAGUAUGUUUUUUAAUACAGUUUAAGUGCCAAAGACCGUGCCUUACAUUCCCAUUUUAGAUCAUUUUUUGACACAGAUGUGGAUCCUCAUUACAGUAGUUAUUAAUAAGUGAGACACACUGGACACUCCUUCCUCAGUGUCACCACAGAUGUUCUCUUACAGAAAGAAAGUGCGGAAAUAAAUGGUUCCGCUAAUAGUUUCUUACAAAUAAUAGUAUUCAAAACAAUGUCUUGUUAGUAAACAUUUUCAUUACCAAAAGAAUUCAGAUACACAAAAAGUAUCUGAUUGAUCAAUAUGCAGUUUUCUGUGUGACUGUUUUUGUUUCAUAUAAUGAUGUGCAUUAUGACAAAAGGGACAAAAACUACAACUGGAUAUUGUGUUUGCUUGUUUGCAGUUUGUGAAAGCUCAAUUUGUCUGUUUGUAUUGUUAGUGUUUAUUGCUGUAUUAAUGUUUGCUGCUCUCCUGUCCAGGACACACUUGAUAAACAGAUUUUAAUGUCAAUGAGACUUUGACCUGGUUAAAUACAGGAUAAUGAUAAUAAUUCUGUGCAGAUAAGGACAGCUAAGGAGCUUUUAUUAUGCCAGUGUUGGGUUUAUGUCCAAAAACCAUUCUGUUAUUUCACUAGAUCACCUAAUGACGACAUUAUAAUGUUUAACAGUUGUGCUCCUCCUCAUUUUAUUUAAGUGUUUAGGUACUUUUGAUUUGUUAGUUAUCACAGCAUUUGUGGCAAGAAGGCUCAAACCUGGGUUUGCCAAAAUUUCCAAGUUCUUCUUAACUCAAAUCUUUUGUUAUACAUAACCGUGAUGAUGCAAUUUUAUUUUGUAUAAUGCUGCUGCUCUUUGACUUAUGUAGGAGAACUCAACCUGUGAUGAUGUUUGUUUCCCAAAAAAGGGACAGUUAGAAUGUGAUUCACUAAUGUCAUUAAUUUCAAUCAUACAUAGAAUGAAUGAAGCUUAUGUUUUUCUUGAAAUAAGUAUUAGUGACUUGUAUGAGAAUGAACUAUUCUGAACCAAUUGCUAAUAAAGUAGAAACACAGCUAAAAUUAUGAUGCAAUAAUUAGAUUGAUCUUAUUUCAAACAUGGCAACUUUAAAUAAAUGAUGUCUUUACAGUC